UGUGAUUCAGGCACUAACUGCCUAUAAAUAUCCCCAUUUAACCAAAUGAAUCUAACACAUCAAAGCCAAGAGGUUUAGAUAAAAGACUAUGGAGAAGUUAACUCUCGUGGUUGCUUUCUUGCUUCUCGCAUCACUCUUUGAACCUCUCACGGCGCAGUCCGGUUGCCCAGGAGUGAGAAAAGAUACAUGGCCGGAACUUCUUGGGGUACCAGCAAAGUUGGCUAGGGAAAUAAUUCAGAAGGAAAAUUCAAGACUAACUAAUGUUCCAAGUGUACAAAACGGUUUUCUAGUAACACAAGAUUUUAGAUGUGAUCGAGUUCGUCUUUUUAUUAAUGUGUUGGAUUUUGUUGUACAAAUUCCCCGAGUUGGUUAAGGGAAAAAAUUUAUCCGCAUCGAGUGUAUACAUCUAUAGCCCCAAGAAAAUAAAUUGAAGCCGUAUGGUUAAUGCUUCAUGCUUGUAAUCAACUAUUUGACACGAUAAGUAAGUGUGGCUUUUUAUAUCA